UAUGUUAUCCCCCUUUUGUGGAAUAUAUAAGAGAGCACACGUUUGUCUGUAAUCCACUUGCCAAUAUGUUUCUGAAAAGUACAGUGACCAUCGUCUUCGCUGGAUUUUGGCUUCUGUGCAUGCUCUGUCUGAUGACAGAUGCUUACGGGCCACUGACCCAUGCCUGCUGCGUCAAGUACACUCGCACUCCUUUGGAUUUCAAAUUGAUCAAAGGUUUCGCGGAGCAGAGUUCCCGCGAGGUGUGCCGCAUUGAUGCCAUCAUAUUCAUUACAAAGCGCAACAAGAAAGUGUGCGCAAGCGCUGAGGACGACUGGGUGAAGAAAGUUCUAGAACGUCUGAGCACAAAAAUGAAAAAACUGUCGAAGCCACCUAACCAGGUCAACCAUACCCCGGCUUGGAAUACCAACACGAGCGCGUGAACGUCUCUUCAGGCGUCUACGUCUUCUUUCUAUAAGCCUCUUUAUUGUUAUAUGCUGUCCAAUUAAUUAUGCAGAUAAUCAUAAACUGAUGCAAUUAUCUCAAAUGAUGGCCUCUAAUGAAAUGUUAUGAACUUGUAGUCAGUGUGAUGUAAUGAUGCAAUAAAAUAACAGAAUAAAAUGAAUAUCUGAGAAAAUGGUUUGCUAUAAUAUAAUAAUGCUUUUUCUGUCUAUCUAUCUAUCUAUCUAUCUAUCUAUCUAUCUAUCUAUCUAUCUAUCUAUCUAUCUAUCUAUCUAUCUAUCUAUCUAUCUAUCUAUCUAUCUAUCUAUCUAUCUAUCUAUCCAUCCAUCUUAUUGCCUUUUUAAUCACU